UUCACUAGUUCUCACGCAGUCCUGCUCGCUCGCGUCGUGCUGUGCUGGAAAAUGGCAGUUCGGCAAGUUGAAAAGAUUCGUACGGAAUGAAAAGGAAAAAGAAAUCAAGCCUUUACGCUGCCGAGAGAGUAGAGGGCUGCUAAAACCGAGACCAGCAGUGCUAAGAUCGCACAUUUAAUCAGCACGUACUCGCGAAAGAAAACCGUCAAAGCCUUUGCAGCGACUUGCCACGGUCAUCACAUUACACUGGGGGAGGAUCACAUCUUGAGAGGGAAUGUUGAGCAACCUGCUAUAAGACGACACCAGCUGAUUUGGCAAAAGAUUUCUGUGAAGGACUUCGUUUUUGUUCUUUUCUCUUCCGGUGCCUCAGUGAGCAUGCUGCAUUCCCUCUGUUCCAUCAUUUGGUUGAACCGCGGGUUCAAGUUGAGGAAAGUGGCCUGUUCGGCCAACACCGGCCAGGUCUAAGCCAUUCCCACUGCGCAUGCCUGCCCACGAGCUCUGGUUAGUAGUGCUUAGAUUUUAUUGAAACGUCCAACGGUACGACAUCAAUCGCACCCUCAAAGUUUGUUCCCCACUUUGAAGCUCUUCGGCCUGAGGUGAUUGUCAUUUCUCACUCUGAAAAUGGCUGCGGAUGGCUUCCAGUACAGAUCCAUCUACUCCUACCGUAAGGACUGGGAGGAUGACAUUGACCUUGAACCUGGUGAUAUCCUGACGGUGGACAAAGGGUCUCUGCUCUCACUGGGCAUCAAAGAGGGCGACGAGCAGCACCCUGAAUGCAUCGGCUGGAUCUUGGGCUUUAAUGAGCGAACCAAACAGAGGGGAGACUUUCCGGGGACGUACGUGCAGUAUGUGGGACCUGUGAAAAUGUCAGCGCCGUACUGCCAGCCUCGUUCUCAGAGACCGCUUCCUGCUGUUCCCAGACCUGAGCCAACAGCCUCCUCGCAGGUUGUUCCAGACCUAGACUUGACCAAACAGUUCAUGCACCCGGAAACAGCUCCCCCUAAUCUGAUAAAGCUGAUCGAAGCAGUUGAGCGGUCAGGUCUGGACUGCAGGACACUGUACAGGACUGCAGCUUCUGACAAUCAGCGACCGAGCCUCAGCGAGCUGCAGAAUCUGGACGUGGGACAGUGGGACAUUCAUGUGCUUUCGGAGUCUGUGAUUCGGUACCUUCAGGACCUUCCUGCCCCCAUAAUCCCUCCCUGUGUUUAUACAGACCUUCAGGCAGCAGUGCAGCUCGAAUCGGAUGUCCCCUCCGUGAGGAGACGCGAGCUGCUUCAGCAAGUCCUGGACAAGCCUGAGGUUCCUCUGCAGAACCUGCUGACCCUGCAUUAUCUGCUUCAACACCUGGACAAGGUCUGUCAGUCUGCUGAGAAGAACGGCCUCGACAUUCACACCCUGGGCCAGAUCUUCGGCCCUGUGCUGUUCAGGGGCCCUGUGAGCGGGUCCGAGAAAGAUGAGGCGUUUCCUGCAGCUGCAGUUGAGAGACUUCUUUUGGAGAGAAUUUGGGAACAAGAGCCGACUCCUCCCGCUCUCCCUCCCAAACCGCCCAAAGCCAAAGCCAUGGCCUCAUCUGUGACUAAUGGAAACGACAGUUUACUAAGUGAAGCUGAAUGGUACUGGGGAGACAUUUCAAGAGAGGAAGUGAAUGAAAAAAUGAGAGACACUCCUGAUGGUACGUUCCUGGUGCGGGACGCUUCAAGCAAAGUGCAUGGAGAGUACACUUUGACCCUCAGGAAAGGAGGCAAUAACAAACUGAUCAAGAUUUUUCACCGCGGGGGCAAGUACGGCUUCUCGGAGCCUCUUACUUUUCUCUCUGUGGUGGAGCUCAUCAACCACUACCGUCAUGAGUCACUGGCUCAGUACAACGCCAAGCUGGACUCUCAUCUGCUCUUUCCCGUCUCCAAAUAUCAGCAGGAUCAGGUGGUGAAAGAGGACAGUAUAGAGGCAGUGGGAGAGCAGCUGAAGGUUUAUCACGAGCAGUAUCAGGAGAAGAGUCGUGAAUAUGACGUACUGUACGAGGAAUACACACGCUCAUCACAAGAGUUGCAGAUGAAGCGGACUGCCAUUGAGGCCUUCAACGAGACCAUCAAGAUCUUCGAGGAGCAGUGCGAGACCCAGGAGCGCCUCAGCAGAGAGAGCAUUGAGAAGUUUCGCAGGGAAGGAAACGACAAGGAGAUUGAGAGAAUUCAGAGUAACUCGGAGAAGCUGAAGUCCAGAGUGACAGAGAUUCAUGAUAGCAAGAGGAAGUUGGAACUGGAUUUGAAGCGGCAAGCUACAGACAAUCGAGAGAUAGACAAGCUAAUGAACAGCUUGAAACCAGACCUCAUACAGCUGAGGAAGCUAAGGGACCAAUACCUUGUAUGGUUGACUCAGAAAGGCACCAGGCAAAGGAAGAUCAACGAAUGGCUGGGAAUAAAGAAUGAAUCAGAGGACUUCUAUUCUCUGCUGGACGACGAUGACGAUCAAGCGCAUCAUGACGAGUGCUCCUGGUACGUUGGAGACAUCAAGCGCUCGUAUGCAGAGGAUCUCCUGAGAGGCAAACGCGACGGCACCUUCCUCAUCAGAGAGAGCCAGACCCAGAAGGGCUCUUUCGCCUGCUCUGUAGUUGUGGAAGGAGAAAUCAAACAUUGUGUGGUUUACAAGACGGCCACAGGUUUUGGAUUUGCUGAACCCUACAACCUUUACGGCUCCUUGAAAGACUUGGUCCUGCACUACAAACACACGUCUCUGGUCCAGCACAACGACUCGCUGAAUGUAACCCUGGCCUACCCGGUGCUCGCACAGCAGCCUAGAUGAGCACCGUGCCACCACACGGCCCGGGACACGCAUAUAAAGCAUGAUUAAGCACAUUAUACAGAGCAAAAUAUACUAACACUCAACGUUUAUGUUUAUCGUAGAGAACAGAUAAGCACAGUAUAUUAUCGUUAAGUAAACGUACGGCUUUUUUGUAAGCCAAUAGUUUUUCCAUAUCGAUCAAAGUCAGCUGCAGUAAUUACGGUAAGAUCACAGCUUCUCUGUAUUUGACGUCCCAACACGAGAUGUAGAGCGUCACACGAUUCCACAAACGCUCAAACUAGUGUGGCAGUCCUAGAUGUUUCUGAUUGGAAUGGAGGCCAGGAUGAGAUGAGGAAUGAACUGAAAGAUGCAGCUGUUGAUAGUCAAUCUUAUAGCUGUUCCGUCACUGUGUGUUCGUUUAGUAGUUUGCUUCUGCCAAUCAUACGAGUAGAUUCCUCUUUAUGUGAGUUGUCUUAUAGAAGAUGUGAAACCAAGCUUUUCUUUUUUUUAUCAGACGUGCUUGAGGGAUACUGAAGUCCUUUUAGGUUCUAAUUUGCCUCUUUUAAGCUUAGAUGCCAUGCUCAGAAUAAAUAGCCAUCAGCAAUUGCGUGCUCUUCUGUGAGAUGUUUCCACACAGAGCUGAAGUCUGGCAUCUAAAGGAUUAGUUCACUUCUUGAAUGACAAUUUCCUGAUGUUUUAAUCACUCCUUUUCAUCCAAGAAUUGAUUUCUUCAGUCAAAGAGAACUUGAGGUUUUUGUGGAGGACAUGGAUUCUUCUGUGGUGAUCAGUGGUUCUUAAAUUGCAGUUUCAAAGGGCUUUACAUGAUCACAGCCUGAGGAAUAGCAUCUUACCUAGCAAAAUGAUCAUUAUUUUCUUUUUUAAAAGAGGAAAAUGUAUGUACUUUAAACACAAAGGCUCUUCUUUUUUUGGAAAAUUGCAAUUGUUUUGACUUGGUAAGACCCUUAAGUGCUGGUAUACACCAAACCCCAAACAACUAGCACAGACAAAACAAAAAUAUGUGUGGCAAUCUUAAUGAACCAGUUUUUGUUGCAAAGUCACCAAGCCUGAGGCAUUUGUUUUAUUCUUAAAUGACACUUUAAUGUGUGCCUUUUUGCACGUUGAAGCGCACGAUCACAUUGGCACCCUUUGUUUAGUCAUAAUGUGUGAAAUUGAGGUGAAACUGCAGUUAGGAAGUUCAAACAACUGAGCAUAGAAGUUUAUUAAAUUGAGAAAAAUUCUGCAUGUCUUCCUCUGAGCCAAAGAGAGAAACAAUAUAACAUCUUGCAAGACAAUGAGGUGAGUAUAUCAUCGGCAGUUUUUCAUUCUGUAAGUGAACUAAUCCUUCAGUGGUUUCUGUGGGCUGGUAUUGGUGCUUUUUGGUGCUUUAUUUUUGUAACUCUUGUAAUGUGAGAACGAUGCAGAGCUAUAGCGAACUGUUAAGAUCCAGCACAGAACAAAGGUGAUCCAAAGCAACGCCGCGCACAGGAGCUUCCACUCGCUUUGACUCGCUCGAUCAAACGUGGAUCUGAAUUCAGAUUUUUGAGGAAAUGAUGAGGUGGAAGUUGAUGUAUUGUGGUAGUAAAUGAAUCCUAAUGUUGUUGGGAGCGUUUUUGUAACUGUACUCCCCUUAAUGUGUCAUUCUUCCAUCUCGGCUUGUGCUGUUAUUCAUAGUCAGAUGGUACACUGGGUGUGUAUCAUACAGUCAGCUUGAUUUAAAACAACUAUAUAUAUUUCAUUUUUGAUUUUUGAUGAGCAAUCGUGAAUCAGAUAGCGUUUUGCUUGCUAAGAAUCAGUGAUUAAAUGUGAAGAGUUUUGGAGAGUAAAGAGUUUAAAAAGUGCCUUCUGCCCUAUGAGGAGCCUUCCUAAGGUUGGGGCAGUACAGAAUGCUUUGCUUACUCAAUAGGUUUGUGUGUAUAGUUACACAAAAAAUAAGAGAUCGCUCAACUGUUCUCUGGAUUUCUUGGAUUUAUAAUUGUGUUGUUUGAGUAAAAUGCAUUUUUGUGAUUGGGUAAAACAUAAUUUCUGUCAUUUUUUUGGAAAAAUAAAUGCGCUAAAUGACAAUAUUUGUAUUUAAAAGUUUGUUAUCAAACUUAAUAUCAAAUAUUAACAUUUUGCUCAAUGACAUACCUAAUAAAUUCAGUAAAUCCAUAGAAACAACAGGUCUCUUAAUUAUUCCAUAGCUAUAUACAGUAAAGCUUUACAAUCAGUUAUAAGCAACAAGUUACGCAAGGGCAAAAUUAUACUAAAUACUUUUACAACAAUGCAGUUUUUUCUAAAAAAGGAUGAUAAUCUAGUCAAACACGUUCUGUUACAUUAUAAUAAAACGCUAAUUAUGACUUCAUUGGGAGUGUCAAGUUAGAGAAUACUGCGUGAUAAAUGUAAGGACCUAUAAAACUUUAGCUUUUAUGCAUUAAAUAAGGUCUUAACCAGUAUGCACUUUACUAGUUCGUUUGAGUUACCCUUUUCAUCCAUUUUACAAGCUUAUAUUUAAAGCCUGUUGACAUGAGGAUGAGUGUUCGAAGUGAGAAACAUUUCAAGUCUCUGUAAUGCAUUUUUUUAGACUGAAACAUGCAGUCUCACAGUCCUUCCAUUGACACAUUUGCACAGUGGAAACGCAAACUCAUGCAAAUUUAGCUGAGUUCCAAAGUUGAGGUUUGGUAAACUUUGGCCGGUGACUUCAUAUCACAUGAAGACAUGUGGUUUAUAGAUGAUUAGCAUGACUUUCAGCUGAAUUAAAAGACCACCCACUUGAAAUCUGCAUUAGAUGUUGUGUAUUAGGUAUUUUUACAUUUGGGAUAAAUUCUUUAGGAUACAUUGCAAGUCUUGUGUGAAUAUAUCUUACCUACUGCACUACAAAUACAGCUGACUAAGUUGACUACAGUUGGCCACCACUGUUUUAUAAAACUACAAACUUUUAAAGACAGAUCUAUGAGCUAGACCUCCAUAAUAAUAAAUACACAUGGGUAACCACUGUAUUUCUAUGGCUUUUCUGUAAACGCCAUCUACUGUCAGAGAUUUAAACUGCAUUGUCAUUCAGCACUUUUGCGUUUCUUAAAUACAUUGGUAUGGAACAAUGAAAACAUGAAUAUCAGCCUAAAUUUCUGUUCUGAACAUUCAUGUUAGUGUGAACAGGCUUUUAUACAUUUUAGCCGAUAUAAAAAAAACUGCUAUAUUCAUUUUAGUAAGGUAAAUUUACAUUAAAACUGAUGCUUGGUUCGCACUAAAUGCAGAACACUGUCACUUGCUCUUGUUUACUCGGAGGAUGUUUUCCCCUCUCGCAAUUUUUUUAACUUGUGUGGUAAAUGAGAUCAAGGCGAAUUCUGCAUGCUUGCAGCAAAUUUGUCGCACAUUCACAUCAUUCACGCCUUGCGGUAAGAAUUGAGUAUAUGCAGAGCUGGUGUUUUUCAGCCACCAAUAAACCUCUGGUAAAAGGUUAAUGUGACUAUUAAGUUUGUAAGGUUCCCUUUGCAGCAUCGAUGUUGUAAUGUAAUUAAAGGAGUUAGAUAGACUUAUAGCGUUCCGCUGUAAAAAGAGAGGAAAGAUAAUGCGGCAAGAAACUCCAUUGAAAAUACUGUCAUAUUAUUGUAGCAUGGCACAGAACAGUCUGAGACCCACUUUAUAUUGUAUAUUAAUCAGGCAGUGAAGAUCGUUGAUUUUUGAAGAAAUCAGAUAUUAAACGCUGCAAUGUUUUAAUGGCAUGACAGUUCACCAGAAGUGCUUGAGCUGGCUUACUGAAAAUUAAAUGUCUUUAUGCAUAUACCCCAUUUGCCUCCAUUUGCAUUGACUUUGCAUGUAAUUUACUUGCGUGAAUACUUAAUUCCGCAUUUGGUGUGAACCCAGCAGAAACCUUGAAACUUGACACUAGCCCAUAUUUAGUAUAUUAAACCUUUGCUUUCGACAUCCUCCUUUUUGAUAAUCUUGGUUAUAAAACCACAACAGACUUUCAACUGGCGCAGGCUGCUUUGUUUUACAGCGUAACGUGUUUGUUGGUAUCCUCCAGAUUUUGUCCUAUCACUAUAGGAUGAAGUUGUUUUGCUAUGGUAGCGUAGAGAGAGAGCAGAGACACUGGUUAUGAUUCCUUGAACGUUCUGACUGAUUGACGUCGAGAGCACAGAGAAUGAGCCAGAGUGCUGGAUGAGUUAAUAAAGCAGUGGAGUGAAAUCCUCUAAAUGCACUAUACAAGCACAUCUUGAGUUGAUUAUGAGUGACAGUUAAUGAAGCUUGACAGCCUUUAUGAGCAACAGAAAUAGGCUAGGUACACAUUUUAGUUACAGGCCUGUAGUGUCAUAAGGUGUUAUGAUCAUGCCGAAGUGGGUCUGUUCUUCGUUUCGUUUUUUUCUUUAACUCCUUAUUAAAGAGAGACUAUAGUUGUAUGUCGAUGUUUUGUUUUUAUUUUUCAUUGUAAGUAACGACCUUACGGAUUCAACGAUAAGCUAGCUUGAAUAUUUCUCUUCCAUUCAGUACAGUUACAAAUGUUUACAGUAUCUGAUUAACCAAAUAGAAGAUGUAUUUUCAGACAUGCUCUGUCUGCUUUGUCAGACAGGGUUUCUUGUCAUUUAUUUGUGCCUCUGUUCUUUUAAACUUGACCAUUUUGUUUUUCUUCUGUGUUCACUUUAAAUGGUGCUCCCUAUCCCCACAUCUUUUAAAUAAGAGGUUUUUUAGUUCAUAAGUAUGGAAGCCUGUUUCUGCCACUGACUAAUAAAAACAUAAAAUAAAGCAAAAUGAAAAAAUCAGAACUCCGAAUUUAUAAAGUCAGAAUUCUGACUUUAAAACUCGGAAUUCUGACUAUAAAACUCGGAUGUCUGACUUUAUAACUCAAAAUAACUCGAAAUUCUGACUUUAAAACUCAGAAUUCUGACAUUAUAACUCAGAAUAACUCACAAUCCUGACUUUAAAACUCGGAAUUCUGACUUUAAAACUCGUAAUUAUGGCUUUAAAACUCUGAAUUCUGACUUUAAAACUUAGAAUUCUGACUUUAUAACUCGGAAUCCUGACUUUAAAACUCGAAAUCCUGACUUUAAAACUCGGAAUUCUGACUUAGAAAUUUGGAAUUGACUUUAUAACUCGGAAUUCUGACUUUAUAACCUGGAAUAACUCAGAAUUUCCACUUUAAAACUCGUAAAUCUGGCUUUAAAACUCUGAAUUCUGAUUUUAAAAUUUGGAAUUGACUUCAAACUCUGAAUUCUAACUUUAAAAUGUUAAAUUCUGACUUUAUAACUUGGAAUUGCGAAUUUAUAAGUCAGAAUUCAGAGUUCUGACUUUAUAAAUUUUUUUAUUUAUUUAAUUAAAUUUUUUAUAAUUCAGUGGUGGGAACAGGCUUCUAUAUAUAAGUGUAGUUCAGAGCAGGUUGGCCAACUUUAUACUGCUUUUAUAUACACACAUUGCUGAUAUUGGCUGCAUCUGAAAGCUCAGAUAGGCAACAUAAAGAGUCAACCAGACACGUCUUAGUGUGUUGAUUGUGUUGAAGAGAAUUGUUUGAAAAACUCAAUUGUAAAAGAAUAUAUACAUCAUUUUCAUUUGCGAUAUGCAAAUUUUGAGAAAAAAUAACUGAUAUAAAUUUGAAAAAAGUUUAAAAUCCUUGAAUUCUUUUGCUAUUGUGGUGUUUAACCUCUUACCUGCCUGCUCUACCAAACGGUUGACCAUAUUUUGACUGUUUUAAAUAAUGAUUGUUAAAGUCAUUUAGAGGAUGACUGUUUUAAAUAAUGGUUUACACACACAGCAUUGCUGGUUUACAAAAAAACAAACAUAAUUCUGUUACUACUACACUUGAUUUUGGUUUUAUUGUAAAAAAAAAAAAAAAAACACGAAAACAUGUUAAAUGGGAAUAUUUUAUGGCAUACUUCAAAAAAUAAAGAUGAUUUAGCAUUCAAAAAUGUUUUAUUUUGAUUGUUUUUCAAUAAAUUGGUCUUACACUUCAUAUUUUUUAUAGUAUAUGUAUUAAUUCCGGUACUUUUACAAUAAACCGACAUAUCCAUUUGGAAGAGGUUGAUAUUUUAGAAAUGAUGGGAUGUGUUGAAAAAAAUGCAUUAAGUGUGUUAACUAGCAACAUUAGGCGUUAAGAAAUGCGAUCCAGUUUUUUUUUAUUCUUGGUGGGGCAGUCAAAGGGUUAAAGCACUAAAUUGCUAAAAAUAAAUGAUCAGAAAAGUCAAAAAUGUGAGUAGAAAAGUUGCAAUAACUUAUUUUUUUCUUGUUUUUUUCUGUCGCAUCUCACAUUCUGUCUCCUGAGAUGAAUUCAACUUCAAAUGCCAUAUGCGAGUUAGUUUGUUCAUAAAAUAUAUAUAUAUAUUUUUUACCAACUUAUCCCAUUUGUGAUGUCUUUUUAGUGGAAAAUGAGUAUUUUAGUGAUUAAACGUUUGCUUGCUUAUCUUAAACUUUCUAUAUUUUAUUGUAGAUCAUUAAUGUAAUAUGAUAAAGUCUUCCAAAAAUCAGUUUUCAGGACGUUUUCUUUUGAAGUGUCUUUCUGAGCAAAAGCUGCUCGUGCUCAUUGCCUGAUAAGAGCAACAAGUCAGAUGCCAAAGCUUUCAGAUGCAGACAUAUUUUCUUUUGAUUAGGUUUCAAGUUACACAGGGACGAAAAAGUCCCGAAUGAAAGGUUUUGACUUGUAUACUGAUGGCCAUCUCACUUCCUUAUGCAGGUUUGGCUAGCGCGAAAACUAAAAUUAGCAGUUCAUUUUUCCCCUUCCUUAUUUUCAUAGCAGGAAAGAGGCUAAAUAGUAAGAUAUAGCAGGGCCAACCGUUUAAUAGUCAGAUGUUUGCUUUAUUAUUAGUACGAAACACAUUUUCCAUGCAUAUUGUGGUCAUAACAUAAUCACUAUCAACCCUUCACCGCUUUAAACUAAAUUCUACCUUACCUGACCCUGUUUAUGAGGGCAAAUUAAGUGCCAUUAGACAUGGAGGACGGGGAGCACUGUUUGUUACCCAGUACAUUUCUACUGGAGGAGUGUGUGUAUGUGUGUGUGUGCGCAAACUUUAUGUACAUACUUCUAUAUGCUUUGACUUGUUCUGUUCUGUCGGAUUUGUUUUGGGUGCAGAUUCUUUCUUUUUCAGUGUACAGUUUGCAUCAGUGUUGUUUGUCUCUCAAAAACAGGUACACAAGCAUUACAGAGAUAUGGCUCUUUUAAUAGGUAGAUGGAAUUAUUUUUAAGACAAUAAAAGGAUAUUGAGUCUAUUGCA